AUGGCCAACCGGCAAAUGACACGGCGCAUCGCCAUCGCCGCCGUGGUCUCGAUAUGCCUGGUCUUUUUCCUGUUCAUCCGUCCACAGGGUCCACCUAGCCCUGCCAUCCGCGCCCCCGGGCACAUUGUCCAUGGUGCGCCAGCGUCCGGGAUAACGAUUCAGGAGGAUACAUUGAAAGGGGCAGUAGUGAUGCCGAAAUUGGGCAACGCCACGGCCAAAGCGGAGCUGGGCCGUGCAACGUGGAAAUACUUCCAUACCGUCAUGGCGCGAUUCCCCGAGAAGCCUACUGAAGAUCAGCAGGAAGCACUGCGCUCAUACAUCUUCCUCUUUGCACGACUAUAUCCUUGCGGCGAAUGCGCCGAGCAUUUCCAGCAACACCUGAACAAAUACCCGCCGCAGGUAUCAUCGCGCAAAGCCGCGGCGGGAUGGGCCUGCUUCAUCCACAACGAGGUCAAUGCGAUGCUCGAGAAACCGGAAUUCGACUGCACCGACCUAGGCGCAUUCUACGACUGCGGCUGUGCCGAAGACGAGAGCGAGGAGAAAGAAGGUGGCGAGGAUACCAAGAGCACGGAGGGACACUCGGCGGCCAGCCGUGGUGACGGGAAACAGGAUCCGGCAGAUCUACAUGAUCACCUGGCCGUAGAGAUCUCAAAGGAAGAGUGA